AAUUCAAUUCCUCUGUCUUCUUCUCAUUUACAUCACUCCAAACGCCUUUCUUGCCCAUGUGCUCUCCGUGUCCUGAAUCAAUGCAAAACUGCCACGUCAUUCUCCAUAGCCCCCUUUGGUAGUUUUCUCUGCGUAUAAAACAACCUUGUGGCUGCUUCAAUGGAGUUCGAGUCUCUCCUUUGUCUCAAACCAAACGCCUAAUCUCUUUGUUCUUUUGUUCUCCUUUGUCUCUUGGUCCAUUCUUGUCUCUUUCUCCAACUUGGAAUCUCACUGAACCACACAAACAAAAAAACACAUCUCAUCUGAAACUCCCUCUCUGUUUAUUUUUUUCUUUAGAAGCUCUGUUUCUGCAGAGAAACUAAGGAAUCUGGUUAGAUAUGAAACUGAUAAUACUUAUGUGUUCAUUGUCACUUCUCUUCAUAAACUCGCUUUCCCGUAAGCACUUUCCGGCGAAACCCAAUGCAGAGAUCUCUGUGAUGGGUCUGGUUUACUGCGAUGUUUGCUCCAACAACACUUUCUCCAGACACAGCUACUUCAUGUCCGGGGUGGAAGUGAGAAUUGACUGCAGAUUCAAAGCGGCAGCAUCCAAAACAAGAGAGCAGAUAGUGUUUACAGCGAACAGGACAACAAACGAGCUGGGUCUGUACAGAUUGGACAUAACCUCACUGGACGGAGUGGCGUGUUCAGAUGCAGGAACCCUAGCUUCUUCUUGUCAGGCCAGCUUGAUCGGGAGCUCCUCGGAUUCUUGCAAGGUUCCCGGUUUCAAAACCACGACAGAUCAGGUCGUGUUCAACUCGAAACGGUCCAAUCUGUGCGUUUAUGGGUUUAAUGCUUUGAAUUUCAGACCGCUCAAGUUAGAUCCUGCCUUGUGUGGCAAGCAAUAAAAACAUCAAGAAACUGCUACUCUGUGUAAUCAGUUGUUUCUACACUCGAUACUUGGAGUGAUAUCUACCACUGCAUUUUGCAUCUUUAGAAA